GUGGCUACGGCCCAAACGGCGGGUGGGCGGAGCUACGGCGGUGCUCUUCCGGUCACGUGAGGUGGGCGGCUGAAGCCGCGGUGCGGCGGCGCCAUGGCGGCCCCGUCCGAAACGGAGCGGCUGCUAGGCCGCGGCCCCGGCUACGGCACGACGGAGUCUCCGGCGGUGGCGGAGGAAGAAGAGCUUCGACGCCGCCUCAAAUACUUCUUUAUGAGCCCCUGCGAUAAGUACCGGGCCCGGGGGCGGCGGCCCGUUAAGUUGGGGCUGCAGCUGGCCAAGAUCCUCCUGGUCACCGUUCAGCUCAUCCUCUUUGGGCUCAGCAACCAGAUGGUGGUGACGUUCAAGGAGGAGAACACCAUCGCCUUCAAACACCUCUUCCUGAAGGACUACGUGGACGGCACGGAUGACUCCUACGCCGUCUACACGCAACGUGACCUCUACGACCACAUGUUUUACGCUGUGGAGAAGUAUUUGGUCAUUCCCAACGAGACCAUCGGCCGCUACGCCUACGUGCGGGGGGAGCGGGGAGGGAACCAGUCGGCCCUCAUGCUGUGCCAGCAGUACUAUCGUAAAGGGCGCAUCGAUCCGGCCAACGACACCUUCAACAUCGACCCCAAGAUUGUCACAGACUGCCUGGGACUGGAUCCUCAGGACCCACAGCCUCUGCCCCCGGCGCUCGACCGCAGCUACAAGAACUUCACCCUCAAAUUUCACAAACUCAUCAAUGUCACCAUCCAGUUCAAGCUGAAAGCCAUCAACAUCCAAACCAUCAUCAACAACGAGAUCCCCGACUGCUACACCUUCACCAUCACCAUCACGUUUGACAACAAGGCACACAGCGGCCGGGUGAAAAUCCACCUCGACAACCAGGCUGACAUCAAGGAGUGCAAAGAUCCCAGUGUCUUCGGCCGAGGUGACAACUCCUUCCGGCUGUUCUUUGAUGUCAUCGUCAUCCUCGUCUGCUCGCUCUCCUUCAUCCUCUGCGCUCGCUCCAUCAUCCGGGGCCUGAUGCUGCAGCACGAGUUCAGCCGGUUCUUCCAGCGCCGCUACAACCAGAACGUGUGCUUGUCGGACCGUAUGGAAUUCGUCAACGGCUGGUACAUCCUCCUGGUGAUCAGCGACGUCCUCACUGUGCUGGGAACCAUCAUGAAGAUCGGCAUCGAGUCCAAGAACUUCGCCAGCUACGAUGUUUGCAGCAUCCUCCUGGGCACCUCCACGCUGCUGGUCUGGGUCGGGGUCAUUCGCUACCUCACCUUCUUCCAGAAGUACAACAUCCUCAUCGUCACGCUACGGGUGGCCCUCCCCAACGUCAUCCGCUUCUGCUGCUGCGUGGCCGUCAUCUACCUGGGCUACUGCUUCUGUGGGUGGAUCGUGCUGGGCCCGUACCACGUCAAGUUCCGAUCCCUUUCCAUGGUGUCCGAGUGCCUCUUCUCCCUCAUCAACGGCGAUGACAUGUUUGUUACCUUCGCUGAGAUGCAACAGAACAGCUAUUUGGUGUGGCUCUUCAGCCAGAUCUACCUGUACACCUUCAUCAGCCUCUUCAUCUACAUGGUCCUCAGCCUCUUCAUCGCCCUCAUCACCGGCUCCUACGAGACCAUCAAGCACCAGUGCGAGGGCGAAGCGCCCGUCUCCCAGCUCCACGCCUACAUCGCCCAGUGCAAGGACAGCCCCAAAUCCGGCAAGUACCGUCGCGACAGCGCCUCGUCCUGCUCCAUCUUCUGCUGCUGCGAGCGGGCUUCUCUGCAGGACAACGCGCUGCUGGUGAAUUGAGGGAGGAGCCCUCGGCGCAGACCCUCGGGGGCACGAGGGAGCGGUGCCCCGUGCUCCCCCCUGGACCCGAGCGCUUUUAAUUUAUUUUAUUAUCAGCUUUUACUGGCUCGGGGCCUGGAAGGAGCGGGGAGGGAGGGCGCGCAUGUCUCCUGCACCCGGGGAGUGCUGGAUGGACGCUUGUGGCCCUGUUGUUGUUUCAUGACGGACCUUGGCCUUGCUGCUCCUGAUCCUGAGCUGCAGAGUCCCUCGAGGGCUGAACGUGGGCCUUGCAACCCCUUGGAUGUGUUUUAGGGGGGCAGCUUGGAGUCCUGUGGCCCCACAGAUCUGUUCUGGGAGGGCAGCCUGGAGCCUUGCAACCCCUCGGGUGUGUUUGGGGGGCUCAUCCCGGAGCCCUGCAACCCCUCGGGUGUGUCUGGGGGGCUCAUCCCGGAGCCCUGCAACCCCUCGGGUGUGUUUGGGGGGCUCAUCCCGGAGCCCUGCAACCCCUUGGGUGUGUUUGGGGGGCUCAUCCCGGAGCCCUGCAACCCCUCGGGUGUGUCUGGGGGGCUCAUCCCGGAGCCCUGCAACCCCUCGGGUGUGUCUGGGGGGCUCAUCCCGGAGCCCUGCAACCCCUCGGGUGUGUUUGGGGGGCUCAUCCCAGAGCCCUGCAACCCCUUGGGUGUGUCUGGGGGGCUCAUCCCAGAGCCCUGCAACCCCUCGGGUGUGUUUGGGGGGCUCAUCCCGGAGCCCUGCAACCCCUCGAUGUGCUGGGGAUGUGGCCGAAGCCUCAUCCUAAAGCCCCCUGGUCCCUUGGCUGCAUUGGGGACUCGUCCCCAAGCCCCGUGGCUGUGUCGGGGACUUGUCCCUACCCCGUCCCCGAGCCCUACAGUCCCCUGGCAGUGUCAGAGAUGGGCCUGGGGCUUCGUCCCCGAGCCCCCCGGCCCCUCGGCUGUGCUGGGGACUUGUCCCUGCCCUUGUCCCCAAGCCCUGCGGCAGCAUCAGGGACUCGUCCCCAAGCCCUGCGGCCAGUUCGGGGGCAAUUUCUAGGCACAAAGGGGCUGCAGCAGCUCCCCGUGACCCCCCCCCAGCUCCCCCUGUCCCUCUCCAGCUGGGAUCGGGGCAGCGGGGUGCCUCGGAAGGGGUCCCUCAUGGGGCCGGUGGUUUGGGCAGAGGGCCGCUGUCGUGCCCCAGAGCUGUUUACGUGCUGCGGGACGGGUCAAGGGCAUGUUUUGUAACCAGAGGAGCAGCUGCUCCCGGCUGGAGCGGGGCCAGCGGCCGCUCGCACCAGGCACCGCUGCCUCCGCCUGCCUUGCCGGCACCUAAAAAAGGCCAAAUUUAACCCCAAAUCGAGGGCCCGACAAUGGUGGGGGUGUUUGAUGUUCCUAAUGCCUCUUUCAUUCAUGGACUGAGCUGUGGCUGGUCUCGGCUCGCGUGGGGGUUGCUCGCCCUGGGUUUUGCUCCCUGUUUUGGGUGGUGGGAAGGGAGUUGUGGCCCAGGUGGGGUCCCAGUAGGUGCCCCCAUGGUGGGAGAAUAAAGCGCCCUGGGAGAA